CCUUUCAAUCGUUCUCUGAUUCUCUCCUCUUCCAAAACUGUUAUUCUCUCCAAAUUUCACAGCAAGAUUGAUCUUUCUAGCAAGAUUUCGAAGCAAUUUUGAAACAAGCAAGGAAGCGUAAGGGUUUGGAGCAGAGGAGGACAUAGCAAUAACAAUCACGAUAACAGAAGAAGACCAGAUCGUGAACGAUGACGGUGGUGAGGGGAAGUGUUUUCAGAUUAGGAAGACGAUUACGACUAGGAAUCUUAAAUUCCCUCAAACCAGAGACUAAUCACAAUACUCUAAAUACAAAUUGUUCUCGCUGCCUGGGCACAACGCCGUCGUUUCAACCUCGCAACCACAAUGCCUUUUUCUCUUCCCCCGCCUCACCAUUUCCUUCUCCAUUUUCCACCGGACAAAGGAGGACUAUGUUUAUCCAAACACAGUCCACUCCAAAUCCAGAGUCUCUUAUGUUUCAUCCUGGUAAACCUGUCAUGGAUGUUGGUAGCGCCGAUUUCCCGAACCCUCGUUCCGCCAUGAAUUCUCCUCUCGCUAAAUCAAUUUUCACUAUUGAUGGAAUUACUCGUGUUUUCUUUGGAUCCGAUUUUGUCACUGUUACCAAAUCAGAAGAUGCAUCGUGGGAAUUUCUCAAGCCUGAAAUCUUUGCUGCUAUUAUGGAUUUCUACUCUUCUGGUGAACCGCUGUUUCUAGACUCUCAAGCUGCCUCAUCCAAAGACACAGCAAUUCACGAUGAUGAUUCUGAGACAGUUGCGAUGAUCAAGGAACUUUUGGAGACUCGUAUUCGACCAACUGUACAAGAUGAUGGUGGGGACAUUGUAUAUUGUGGUUUUGAUCCAGAUACGGGGAUCGUCAAACUUAAAAUGCAAGGAGCGUGUAGUGGCUGCCCAAGUUCUUCGGUGACUCUGAAGUCAGGCAUUGAAAAUAUGCUGAUGCAUUAUGUACCUGAGGUCAAAGGUGUGGAACAAGAAUUGGAUGGUGAGGAAGAGGAAGCAGCUUUAAGUGGACAAACUGAGUAGUUGAUCUCGUAUUUUUCUAUAAUUGCGGUCUUCAAAGUACAACAGCAGUACAUGAUGGAGACCCAAAUGAGUUUAUACAAAAAAUAAAAAUAUUUAAUAAGUUGCGAGUUGGAUACAUUGCAGUAUGACAUGAAAUUUUUGUUCCGGGCUAGUUAUAUCUCAUUGGAAUAGUAUGACAGUAGUUCGUAACACUGUCCAUUACAGAAAGCUUGCAUAGGUACCCCCUAUCAGCCUGGGCUACUGCGGUUCUUGGUCUUUCCUUCUGAAUCAAAGUGCAAGGCAUCAUUAUUUGGCUGGCUGUUGGCAUUGUAUUGAGGACACACUUGCAUUGAUAUAAGAUUUGGUAACUUCCGCUUUUCUCCGUGUUCAAAUGAUGUAUGUGCAUGUUCAAGUAAACAAAAAAAAAGGCAUGGAUCAUUGUUGAUUUUCUUCCUGCUGUUGGUAUUCUAGUGUUGGUUCACAUAUUCUCCUAGCCAGAUAACAUUGGGGCAUUGAUUUCAUACAGCCAAACUGGCCGUUUCAUGCAAUAAGGAUUUCGUAGUGCUAUACCAUUUUUAUUUUUAUUUUUAUUGAGUGAAUUUUGACGGCUACUGAUAUAAAUGAAGCUUGCUUCAAACAUUUAUUAUA